AGAGCCGAUUCUGCUCUUCUUCUCGCUGCAGCCCGAGAGGAAAAAAAAAAGGGGGAACCCAGCCAUGCCUUUGAGAAACCGGUGAGAUAAGCUUGGUUUUCUCCUUCCUUUCUUGCUCUAGAACACACCUAGAACCCAGAAAUCUUCCCCCCCUGCUGGAAAAGCCAGAUCUGCCCUGCUCUGCUUUGUCCUUCCGCCGACUGCUCUUGAUUGUGGGUGAUUUUUGGGCAUUUUUUUCGUUCCCGUGAGCUUCCCCUGCACCUGCCGCCGGCUUCUCUCCCCCUACAGCUCCGGUUUCUACAGCUGGAGAAUUAUGGUAUGUGGCAGCUUCUCUAAGUGCAAGUUUAGCCAUUUAAUUGCUGCCCUUUGUGUCUGAAAUUCUGGAUUAAUUAGGGGAGAAAAUUGAUAGUAAUUAGACCAUGAUUUAGCCUGAUUCAAGUGAAUUUAUGUGAUUGAGUGUUAAUUGACUGCUAUGUGAUUUUUGGAGAAAAUCCCGUGAGAUUAGAUAGUGUUUUGGCCAAUUUGUGGGAGUGGAGUUACUGUUCACGUCGGGGUCACUGUUCACCAACACUGUUCACCGGUUACUGUUCACACCCCGAGGGCCAACAUUUAACGGGAAUUUAAAUGAUUAGUUUGUGAUAUGAGAACGAAUUUGGAGAUAUUUGAUCAUGUGGAGAUUGAUAGGAAUAGCAUCGGGAUUAAGAAUUUUUUGAUUAGGUUCUCGAUUGUUCUGUCAGUUAGCAUUGAGAUUGAGUGCUCGGUUUUAUGCGAGUGAGGUAAGUAAAUUUAUGGUAAUGCCUGUACUGUUUUUAAAAGUAUGUUUUGAUUUGUUUUUGAAGUGGUGGUGGGACUAAACCCGUUUUACACAAGCAUGACUAAUUUGAAGUGAAAUGUCUUAUGCUUUUCAUUAAAUUGAGCAUGCCUACUUGAAAUUUAAUGAUUGUCCUGAUGAUCUGAAAGUGAUUGGUAAAUUAUGUUUUUCUGUUAACUUCAGCCUGUUUUGUCUACGAUGUGGUUAUGUUCUUGUAACCCUGCUAGUGGGGGUUAAACGCUAGCACAUGUCGGCACAUGUCGAUAUGUUCCUUUUAGAACCGGUUCAUUCCUGUAAUCCUACUGGUGGGAGUUAAACACUAGUAAUUCCUGUUGCCUGCCAGUGAGAGGUUUAAACACUGGCCAUGACCUAUAGAGGAGACGUCUAUUUCGUUCCCGUACCGUAUCUAUUUUCGUAAUUGUACUUGUUGGCAUGCUACAAGUUUAAUUAAGGGCACUCCAUAUUUUACUUACUGAGUUUAUCUCAUAUUUUUUCCUUGUCCACCAUUUUAGGAAGUGAAACCGAGGACGGGGAAACCACGGGAAGUGACGAGUUAGAAAGCUAGCCAUUUUGAGAUUGAUAUAGAUUCUAGAAAUCAUGAUCUUGUAAGCUAGAGUGUACUUGGAGAUUUUAUGAUAUCAGAGUAAAUUUUAAAGAUUUGAUCUUCAGAUU